AUGUGGCCGUCGGGAGUGGGGAGCAGGCAGCCCUGCCCGCGGGAGUCGGCGCUGCGCAGGGCGGCCGUCAGCGGCAACAUCAACGCCCUGCCGCCGCACCACGUCCCCACCGGCCGCAGCGUCCGGGUCUUCAUCUGUUCCAACCCCGACGACACAGAGGCGGAGAGGAACGCACUGAAAGAGCACGUCUACCCCAAACUACGAGACUUCUGCAGGGAGAACUACGGCAUUGAAUUCCAGGUGGUGGACUUGUACUGGGGCGUAGAUCCAGAGGAAUGGGACAGUCCAGAGCUGCAGCGACUCCGAAUGAAACUUCUGGAGGAAUGUCUAAAGACCUCGGCUGGACCGUGUUUUGUCGGUCUGGUGGGAGAAAAAUACGGCAGCAUCCGAGUGCCGGGGGAGGUGGAAUCAGCAGAGUUUGAGAUGAUCUUGGAUGCAGCUGUGGAGGCGGGGCUGGACACACACAUCUUGGAAGAGUGGUACUGCAGGGAUGAAAACUCUGUGCCACCCGCAUACUACCUCAAACCCAAAGCCCAAAUGCUUAAGAACUACCAGAACUCAAUGGAGUCAAGCACUGCAGCCAAGACCAAGAAUGACAAGGCCUGGAGGAAUGUGUCGGAGGAGAUCAAGAGGAUCUUCCGGACGGCGGUGCUGCAGCUUCAAGAGAAGGGGACCAUGAAGGCUGCUGAGGCCAAGAAAUUCCUUUGCUCUGCCUUGGAGGAUGAAUUAGACUUUGCCCUCGGAAAACAAACUCCUGCCUUUCUCAGGAAAUGUGUCUGCUACAUUCGCAAGAUCUCCAACUUCGACCGCUUCGCCAAACUCCCCGAGAUGGCCCGCUACAUGGACAUCGUGGUGAGCGGCGACCGCGUCAUGCGCAACCAGGAAGCUUACGAACGCCUCCUGAAGGUUCGGGACGAGUUCAUCCCCACGGUGGUGGCCGCCUCCAACCUCCGCGUCUACUCGUCCGUCACCCACUGCGACAUGAAGCUGGGCUACUCCCAAGAAGUGGAGAGUCACUACGUGGAAGGCCUGUGCAAGCAGUUCUACGAGGACAUGGUGGAUAUCAUCCAGGCCACGGUCCAGCAGAACUUUGACACGGAGACCGACCCGCUGUACGACGAGAUCCUGCAGCACCUGUCCCUGUGUAAAAACUACGCAGCCCUCUACGAGUACAAGGCCGAGACGCUGGAUUACGUGCAAGAGUAUCUCAUGCCGUCUAAGGGAAGCAGGAUGAGCCCUCUAGUGGUGUACGGAGGACCCUGCACCGGAAAGACGUUGCUGCUGUCUGAGGUGGCCAAAGAGGCCUACACAUGGCUGCAGAAAGAGAUGGGCCCUGAAACUGACCCAGUGGUCGUUGUUCGUUUUAUUGGCUCCAGCCAGCUCUCCACAGACCUACGAACCCUCCUCCAGAGCAUCUGUGAACAGAUUGCAAUAAACUACCGCUGCCUGAUUCACUUUUUGCCUAACAAGAUUCAGGAGAUGAGGGAGCUCCUGAUCAACCUCCUAGGGGAAUCUUCAUUCCACAGGCCCCUGGUCAUCGUCCUGGAUGCCCUGGAGCAGCUCUCAGAUGCCGAUGAAGCUCGCAAGCUGUGGUGGCUCCCCAUACACCUGCCUCGAACAGUCCGCAUUGUAGUAUCAACGUUGCCCAAUAAACAUGGCAUCUUGCAGAAGCUCCGCCACCUCAUCCAUGAUGAGGGGUAUUAUGUGGAAUUAAUCCAGAGAGACCGCAAAGUCUGCAGCCAAACAUUAAAACAGCAGUUGCUGGGGGUGAAGAGAAAGGUCACCUCAGGCCAACAGAUCUAUGUCAAUGAGGCACUUGCCAAGUGUACAUUGCCAAUGUUUGUCAACCUCAUCUACAGAGAAGUAGUUCACUGGAGAUCUCACAAAGAUGUGGACGACAGGUCGCUCUGUUCUACAGUGCAUGAAAGCAUAGAGCAACUGUUCUAUUCUGUGGAGAACAAAUUGGGCCAACGAUUUGUCUUCAGAGCAUUAGGAUAUAUCACCAUGGCCAAGGCCGGGCUCACAGAGGUUGAGCUGGAAGACAUCCUGUCCCUUGAUAACAUCGUUCUUGGUGAUGUCAUUGUGGCAACUUAUCUCAAAAACCCAUUGAGGAUUUCCUAUGACUUGGUUGCAAAGCUUAAAGAGGAGCUGGACGGCUAUCUGGUGGAGCGUCAGGUGCGGAAUGUCACCUUGAUGGUCUGGGCCAACAGACACCUGCAUCUCAUUGCCCAGAAGCUGUACCUUAGUAAUGAAGAGGAUGUGCAUCAAAUGCACAGCCUCUUGGCUGAGUACUUCCUCGGGGCUUGGUCGGGAGGCAGGAAGAAAAUCUUUACUUACGACAACAACCACUUCACUUCCCUGAACAUUUCUCAUCACAAAAACCCUCACCAUCAGCAGUCCCAUGAAAAAACAUCUUCUGAUAAGUACUCUUAUGACAGACAGACUCCUGAACAACCUUGGGUGUUCCAGUGCAACCUUUUGGAGCCCGACAUUUUCUUUGUCAAUCACAGAAAGAUGACGGAGCUGGUGUAUCACCUUACCAGAAGCGGGCGCACAGAUGACCUUAUGUUUGGUGUCAUCAUGAACUUUAGUUGGCUCUACACAAUGAUCAAGAUUGGCCAGUUUGACAAGGCUUUAACAGACAUUGACCUAGCUUACAGCUACACCCAAGAAAAAGAACUGAAAUUUCUGGCCACCACCCUCCGUAGCAUCAAGGUAAAAGUGCUGAAGAACCCAGCAUCGCUGUCUGCAGAGCUGCAGCAAAGGCUUUUGCCAGUUGUCACCUCACUUCCAAAGCUCAGACACCUCCUCCUGGAGUGUGACAAAGAUGGCCCGAAGUACUGCUCUAUUGUGCCUCUCCACUCAUCUAUGGACGUCACCUACAGUCCAGAAAGGCUUCCUCUGUGCUCCAGUUACAUGCAGAUUGUGGAGAUCUUGCCCACUCUAGCCCCAAACAUAGUCCUUGUAGCAUUGGAGGAUGGGUCUGUCAGCACCUGGGAUGUAGAAAGCAGACAGCUUCUACGACAGAUUGACACAGCCAGGUCUGUUGUGCUGGGAAUCAGGCUAACCUCUGAUGAGAAGUAUCUGGUCGUGGCGACAACCAAAAAUACAUUGCUCAUCUAUGAUAAUCACAAGUCCUGCCUUUUAUCUGAGGUUGAAAUCAAGGGGUCCAAGCACAGUGGUGUCGCUGGUGGGGUUGCCUUCAUCAAUGGCUUUACUUUGUCUACCCAUCACGCUUUGGCUUGGCUUGAAGCAAGUAAAGACGUCAAUGUCAUUGACCUCCUCUACGGCUGGCCUCUCUACCAGUUUCACUGCUGGUAUGAGGUGACUUGUGUCCAGUGCUCGCCUGAUGGAAUGUAUGCCUUUUGUGGCCAGUACCUCAACACUGCAUCCGUCUUUCAUCUCGGGAAUGGUGACAAGUUGGCCACUGUGACGUCUGAGUUUUCCGGGGGGUUCGUCAAAUCCAUCCUUGUGCUGGACACCCUUAACCAAAUGGUGAUGAUUGACAAUGAAGGUAGUUUGUCAGUGUGGAACACCAAAGAGAUCACCAACCCAAGACUGAUGGAGGAUUAUGAUUGUAGAGGGGAUGACAGUGAAGUGGUGGGCAUCGAGUUAUCUGAAGACCAACGUUCCAUUCUCAUUUGCAAGGCCAGGAGUAUUGAGGUUCUGGAUACAAAAGUAUGGAAAAUGGUGGAGAAGUUUAAAGCCAAACGUAGUGAACGCUUUGUUGCAGCUGUUCUUUCCAAGAAUGGACAAAGCAUUGUGGCCUCCAUGGAAAACACCUCUUCCAUCUUUGUCUGGAGGAGGGACAGUGGACAGUGCAUGGCUAGCCUGAUUGAGAUCUCAGGGGCUAUUGUAAAACUUAUCAAAUCAGUCCACCACAAUCUGCUGCUUUCCGUUGCCAGCAGUGGAGUUCUGUCUGUCUGGGACAUUGAUAUCAUCACCGCCAUGUCCAACAUUGACAAAACAGGCAAGAAGAUUCAGACCUUGCAGCUGUCCGGCAGAGAGGACUACGUGUUUACCAUGGAUGGCUCAGAAGCUGUCCACAAGUGGAACUUUAGCACUGGAUUUAUUGAGACAGUUUUCAAGCACGAGGGCAUAGUGGAGAACUGUGUCCUAACCUCCUCAGGGGAUCUCAUGGUGACUUCAGACGAUAAGUCCAGUCAAUACAUUUGGCAAACCAACACCGGAGAAAACAUCUUCCGCAUCAAUGGACAGAGAAUAUCACAGCUGCUAAUCACCCACAACGACCAGUUUGUGGUGUCCCUCUGUGAGCAGAAUGCUUCCAGAGUCUGGAGGCUUGCAACUGGGCACAAAGUGUGCAACAUCUUAGUCACUCUACAGAAUGCACUGAUCACCACAGCCAACACGUUCCUGGUGGGAACAUCCAAAAACAAGCUUCUUGCUGUUAGCCUUUGGUCGGGCAGCGUAUCAAAGAAGUUUGUCUGUGAUGAUGGUAUUACUAUUGUCAACUUCAAGCUCAUUCCUGACUGCCCUGACUGUGUGGUCUUCAUUACAUCCACAGAGACUGUCUUCAUCUGGAGUGUGGCAGAUGAGUCUGUUUGCAGACGUGUCCAGCUCCCAACCAACUUCCUCAAAAAUCUAGAGGACUUCCAGAUCUCUCCCAAUGGGAAAUUAGGAAUUGUCUCCAAAGGCGAUGAGAACAUUAACGUCCUGGAUCUUCACAGUGGGAAGCUGCGGCUUGUCCACGCUGCAGGUAUAAUCUGGCGUCAAAAAUUAUCAAGAGAUGGCCGCUAUCUUGUCUACGUCUGUUUCCGGAACUGUGACGAAGACGACGAUGCUGGUGUUGUGUCCAAUCUGAUCGUGAUGCGGCUUGCUGAUGGUAAGAGCAUCGGCACAUGCUCACUUUACAAGACCCCAACCUUCCUGUCUCUUUCCCAACGAGCACUAAACAUCAUCAUUGGCUUUGAGGAUGGCAGCAUCGGCACAUACACGGUUGUGGAUCGCGUGGAUGCUGCCCUCAAGAUAAAGAUAGCCACCUCCAACAGCCGACAGAUUGUCAACAACGCCUCGCAGAAGGUGCGGCCCAAGUGUGGCAACCAUUCCUUUAAAUCCGUUGCUGACUGCAUUUGGAGGGAGUCAACAGAGGUGUUCUCCAGGGACAGCCCCAUCAACGUGUCGGACUCUGGAGAAGGUGAGUCGACAACGCCUACAAAAAAGACUGAACUGCUGCAGUGA